ACGUUACCGACGACGACGAGCGGCGAGUACGGAGCUAAGCGGAGGAGACGCCGAUCUUGUUGUGGCUCCGUAGUGCACGUGUUUUGCUCUUUUUUCGCUUAACUGGAUCGGCGGCGCAUUGUUUUGCCGUAGUGUGCCCCCACGUGUUUUGAGAGGUAGCGGCCACCGCCGCCGCACCCAGCGAUCGACGACCGCUAACUGUUUCGUGAUCGCGUUCGCGCGGUUACCCGCCAGUGCUCCCGAGUUUUUCUGUCACUGCCGCGCUUUCUCUGGACUGGCCUCUGGAUCAUAUUGGCAUCGUUGGAUCGUCUGGCAGCCAACAGUAUUCUGUGAAUGCUCGAGCUGAUGACGCGCCGUGUGUGCUAAAAGGGUGAACGCAGUGCCGUAUUUGUGGCAUCGAAGUCUGUACAGUGCAUGUGAGUGAACCCCCUCCCCCCAAGCUUCAAGUGUCGGUACAUGUGACUGGCUUAGACACUUUGUCGUGGUAGUCGUGAGACUACCCGCCACCCAUCUGCGCAGACCACAACGACAGAGUUGCAGCCUUUUCCUCCAUCGCCGCUGCAGCGGUGAUCUCCGCAAACGGUGAUGGCCAGCGGUGCUCUGGCCGCUGGGCCCAUGCUCGCUGACUCCGGACACAUGGCGCAGACCAUGACGCCCCCACCCCAACAGCAGCAGCAGUCGCUGAAUCAGUACUCGCACGCCGCAUCACUCGGACUUAUCACUCAACAGCAACAGCAGAUGCAUCACCAACAGCAACAGCACAUUCAACAGCAGCAGCAGCAAGCUGCCCAGAUGGCCGAGGCCCAACAGCAACAGCAAUUAGCCGCGGGCUACCAUCUCGGCGCGUACGGUGGAUACAACGGAUACAGAGUCCAGUCUCGGACGCAGAACCUCGCCUACAGAAUGAUGCUCAACCAGACAGACCUCAUGGCGACCCAUGAGUCCCCGUUCAGCACAGACGAACAGUUCAUGUACGAACCGACCGAGGAGGACAAGAAUGCGUACUGCAACCUGCAGCCCAUCGGCCUGGAUGGUGCAGACCACGUGACACCUUCCUUACAGCACAUGGACCUCAUGGCCCCAUCCAGGCCCAUACCUUUUGAAGGCGACACGUUCCCGACGGACGUGCUGGACCUCGGCGAGAGCCGGUGGCAGAGCCUUCCCAUCCAACACUGGCAGUCUCACGACGUGCUCGAGUGGUUGGUGGCCUGGACGAGCCACAACCAGGUGGAGAUCGUGGACGACGAGAUCAACAUGACCGCCUUCGCCUCGUUCACCGGGGAACACCUGUGCCGCAUGAGCCUCGACGAGUUCCGUGCGCACGCGCCCUCUUACGGACACCGCCUCUACGAGGAAGUGCAGCGGCACCUGGGCAACAGUACAGCAGCCGCGGCAGCGUCACGCAACAUGGGAAUGUCGGACGCCUACUUCGAACCCGAAAAAUACGCCUUCCACCCUCGCUAUUUCGACACUCUGGAAAUCCAGAACAGCAGUCCUGGCUCCGAAAAUGUGACGUCAUCGGGGUCGCCGGGUCUCGCGGAGUCGGACAGCGGCAGCACCAGCAGCAGCCUGAGCACCGUCAAUGAGCGGACGGAGAACCUCUUUCCCUACAUGCCUCAUGACACGCGGAUACUCAAGCAAAUGGCCCCUCCCAUGCCUAUGAUCGGCAAAAAGAAAGGACGCAGGGGCAGGCCCCCCAUCAAAGAGGCCAAAGCGCGCAGCCGAGCAGGCAAAGGCAUGGGCAAGCUGUGGGAGUUCAUCCGGGACCUGCUGUUGAACCCAUCGACCAACCCGAGCCUGAUACGAUGGGAGAGGCGCGAGGAUGGCAUCUUCAAGUUCGUUCAAUCAGACAAGGUCGCCAAGAUGUGGGGCGACCGCAAGCAGAACCCUCGCAUGACCUACGAGAAGCUCAGCCGGGCCAUGAGAUACUACUACAAAAGCCAGGUCCUUCUACCCGUGUUCGGCCGGCGGCUUGUGUACAAAUUCGGCCCCAACGCCACUGGGUGGAGACCGUAAUGCCUCGAUGAAGGAAGGCUACACAUAGGCCCACUCGUUCUCUGGAACAAGAACAACAACAACGAACAGAAACCACAUCUCAACCGCAGCUGGAACGACAGAGAACUCUAUGUAAAACCGCACGUUCUGAAAAGAGCUGCAUAUAUUUUUUUAUUCUCCCACUUUGUUGUUGUUUUACAUCCUCCUGAUACCGAAACAAUCCAUCUUUAGCGUGAGUGUGACUGGCGUCAUUUUGAUGUUGUCACACAUGCGCAUGUUGUUUAGUCUUUGACAUUUCCCUCCCUCCCCUAUUUCUGUUGUAACACAGACUCGACUACUCCCAUCCCUGUUUCUAUUUGACCUUCUUUUUGACCCAUUGUUUAUCAAUUUUUCAUCUUGUUCUUGUUUAAUCCUUUUUAUUGUUUCUUGUUCGUUUGCAUCCUCUUGCGAGUGCAUGUGUGUGAGCGUGAGCAUGUGCGUGCGUACCUUGUUCGUUUCAAAAAGACGUGCACACUUGAUUUUGCCCCCAGAUGGAGUACCGUCAAGAGUUAUUACCAUCGUCAUCACCAGUCGCAGUAAUUGAAGGAUAAUACUUGAGGGCGGCGAUGAUUGCUGCAAUCGUUGAAGUGUUCCCCGAACCCUUGCAAGUCUUCUGGGGUCGGUGUCAGUGUGCGUAACUUCGGUGAUGUAGAAUUCGAAAACGGGGAGCAAAAUAAUGAAGUAAGGCUUAACAAACGUUUGGUAGACGCUGGCGUCUGUCGUCUGCUCGGCUGUGUGCUACGUGCAGACGACGCUAAACACAAAACGCUCGUGCUGAUUCACUUGCGAGCAGACGACACAUGAGCGCGUGACGUUUUGUCUGUGCACUAAAGAAUAAUUUUUUUCCUGCCAAACGUUGGUGGAGCUGUCGUCGCGCAUGUUUUGGAAAAGCUCGAAGACGUGGGUGCGAAUUGCGCCUAAUCAGCGAUGCGAAAGUGAUUUCGCGCAUAAAGCACCAUGAUUAUUGAUGAUGUUCAGUUCUUAUUACCGCUGCUCUAUUCAUUUCAUUUCUCUAGCCUCGUAGUUUCAAUGGCGAACUACUAGCGGUAGGUUCUCAUUCUUACAAUGUUCUAAAGUUUACGUCGCUCUAGUCGUAAAGAAGGAGAGAUACAACAAUCAAAAAGCAAUAUUAUGUCAUCAUUUCACUCCAGCACGUCACGUAUGUGUCAUCGAAAUAAUGACACUGUGGGCAUAUAGUUGUCAUGGCCGCCUGCAAAAAUGCAACUGAGAGCUUGUAUAUUUUAUUAUUUGGUGGCUAUUGUUAACACGACACAAUGCCUGCCAUCAAUUGUGCAAACGAAUGACUUCAUGGCGCUGAGGUUUGUUCAUUGGUGUUCUAGAGUUUAGCUUUCUCGCAACUAUCAAAAAAUCAAACUAGCAGCAGUGCAUUACAUUUUUCAUAUUUUCCCAAUUGUUGACUGCUAUAUCAAAACUUAAAUUUAAAAGGUCGUCAGUUACAAACACUGCAGGAAUGGUUUACGUUUCAUUUCUUUUUAAGUAUGCCUUUUCGAAGAACCUUCACAUAAUAUACAGAUGCUUCAUAGUAUUGCUGAGCGAUCCUUUUGGCUGUAUCAGCGCAACCACUCAAGGCAAAAGAAAUAGAAGUUCACAAAAGGCCAACGUAUCAGCAAGGUUGUGCAGACUGGAGAACAAAAUCAUGACUCAUCAAUGUUGCUGAUGGUUAAUAUUUUUCAAAAGAAAUCACACCAACCUUUCUUUCGGUAUGCAUAUACAGCGUGAUCGACUCUUAAGGGGAAGAAAGGUUACUGUCCUAGCAUAUAUUACAGCUAAUAAACAGACUCAAAUCCUACCAACUUCUUUCAUGCACUUAGACGAAUGUCUUAUGUCGUUCAAGGCAGUGUUUCUAGCAAUGUUGAGGCUGCAACUUUGCUUAGGUCAAACCCUUCGUUCCCUUUAAAAGUGUUCCACACUGUAUCUCUGGUUGCUUUCGGACUAAAUGGUCACGUGUUUGCAAGGAUCUUCAGUGCACUGCCUGCAGUAGGCACGUGGUGUAUACGCACGAAGGAGAAAAGAGCUGACCUUUUCAGCGGAACUGUGAGGCCUGUACAUUGUCUCCCCUGUCAUAUGUGCAAUCAUCGACGAAGCAUACUCAUGUCGAGCAGUCAAUACCUGCCCAGAUGUUCAUGUUCACGCUGCCGGUAACUUACUUGAUUUUACUGGCCUUGUGUGUCACUAUAUAUUCUUCUGUAAUCUUCAUCAAGCUCUUUCAUUUUUUGUUUGUGAGCUCUGUGGGAGAAAUAAAGGAGUUGAGGAGGAUCGGCGCAUUCUUUUACCAUAAAGCGAGAUCCUGUACAAACCCCUUUUGUGUAUAAAUAUAUGCCAGAACAGUAUUUUUUUAUUUGAGUGCUCUUACGCACGAGCGUUCCAGGCAACAUCAUUCCAAGAUUUCUGUUAACAUCUUUUUUUGUUUUUCUUUUUUCGAGACAUGCAUUGCAUUCCCAUCUGUUUGACAUAAUGCGGACAUUAUGUGUAUCCGGAAUUUUCGUUCUCAAACGUUUCUCAACUUCGCUACUCUUCUGAUUUCUGGAAAUCUGUUUGUGCUUUUCUUUGUGGUAGACCUUGCAGUUGUCAAAUGUACAGGCUACCACAUACAAUAUCAGCAGUGAACCCGCUUCCGAGCCAUGUUACAUCCGAUAGCGAGAGGCAAAUUUUGAGUUCAGAAAAAGGCAUUUGUUUAUUCAUAGCGACAACAGAUAGCUGGUAUGCCCAUGUAUUAAAAAAAAGUGGUCAUAUACUCGUGGCUGUCGACUGCAGUUCACACUGAUCCCGUCAAACAAAACAACAUGAAAUGUGCCUGAAACGUUUGCAUUCAUAAUCGGAAAAUACUUAGCUUCUGCACCAUGUGAUAUGAUGGAGCACUGUCGCUUCCUCUGUGAAAUGUUAUUCUAGAUUCUUCUUGCGUGGAUCUUCCAGUUUGUCUCAAAACAUAUGCACAUAACUCAAUUCACUCUAAUUUUCAUUUGCCGAUUUAAGCAGCAAGAGAUUGUGAUACAAUGUUGCCUUGAGCGCAGUACUUACACGAGGUCGAAAUAUAACAGUUCGACAGUGAGUAGCCGCAACUUGCAUCAUAAGGUCCACUGCUGUAAAUCAGUUUGACGUAUCGAACGUGUGGGGCUUCUAAAACAAUAAGGCUUUUAACGUUAUUUUAUAAAACAUUCAAUUUUGUAUCAACACUUCUGUAUAUGACAUGAGAACAGUUGCAUCAUGAAAUUGAUGUCAUACACAGCUGCAAAUGUGGAAAAUUUUAUAUUGUGUGAACACAAAAUUUGCAGGUAGCAUCCAUUGACAGAAGUCUACAAAAAUCGUGUUCUCGUGAAAGUUCGGUAACGGGCUGUGGGUUUCACUGCUGCAUUUGUAGUUCUUCUUUCUGCUGAAAAAAAAAAGAGCUCUGCAUCGUUACGUGUACAUUGAUUACUGAAUACUCCUGCUCUGCCUUAUGCUAGGCCAGUCGCAGCUGCACUUGUGUAUUAUCCCCAGUGGACGUCAGUACAUUUCGCAUGUACUUAAGAAAAACUGGAGUUUGCAAAUGUGGUCUUGUAUACCCUCUGGACCGCAGUCAUGUAUUCGUUCUUUUUCUUUGUCUGUUCAUUGUUGCAUUGUGAAAAAGAGAGCGAUGACAGAGUCCCAUGUUGCUCAACACUUCUCUGUUCUCACCUGAGCCCCACGCCUAAUGAUGGCGUCCAUGUCGAUCAAAACAAAUGUACCUUCAGAAAACAGAGACUUAAAAGCCAAGUGUCUAUCGUGCAAUCGUGAAGCGCGCCAGAUGUCGCAUAUCUUUUGUCUACGACGUAUGAAAGCAACGUUUUUUUUAGUUUUUUUUUUUCACGAAGGUGCUGUGACGAUAUCAUGUGCAAUUUUUUUAGUUUCGAAAGAAGGGUGUGUUCCAGCUGCUCUGGACGUCGAAAUAACUGCAUAUUGCGAUUUGUUUAGUGUGUUCCCGGUCCAGCCUGAUUUUAGGCUUGCUUAAAGAGUUUGGCUGCCUGUACCAUAAGCACUACAGCUUCAAUACUUGUUCUCCAAAUGGAGAAAAACACAGAAAAAUAAAUGAGUGAUAUUUUGUAAGAUAAUAUAAAAACAUUUGGGCUAAUAUGAAACUCUGGUUCAAAUGUAAUAUCAGUAGGUGGGCAAUGACCAAUGCUCCUCCGGAUAGUUUAUGGUGAUUGUGAGCGAAGCACUGACAUCGUUGUAAAUUGAAUAGAAACAGUGAAAAGUUUGCAUUUCCUCUCACUGACACAGAGCUUCCCAACUAACAGGAAUUAGCCGAGAAAAAUUGAGAAAAGUUUAAGCCGUGAAAUGGAACGUACAUUACAAAUGUACAAGUAUUGUGAACGCUGAAGUACAGACAUCUUUCACAACACAGAUGCAGCAGCCAUCACGAGAAGUGCAAUGUUUGUCUUUAGUCUGAAUAUGAUGUUCUUUUCAUAGUAAUCGUUAAUGUCAUUACCUAAGUGAUGUAGCAGUUAGAUGUUUGAUGGACACCUGGAAUUCAUCCUCCUUUUGGAAGGUCCAGACCAAUAGAGUCGCAGCAAGAGCAUGACCUUGCAAUUGAUCAACUUUUGUGGGUGCCCUCUGGUAGCCUCAAUGUGCCUUCACUGUAGUCCAACUGAAACAAAAAAUGGCCGAUGUGUCUCUGUAUUGUAAUAUACGUGUUCUGCCUUUAAAAGAGAGAUAAAAUCUAUGGCAUCGCUAAACGUGUGCCCUGUUGAUACUUGUGACCAUAUUUUAUGUGACAAGAGAAAGAGAGAUUAAAAAAGACAAAGUAUAUUUGAAAGAUCAAUUUUUAUAAACGACAGAGCUACUUUAUAUAUAUAUAAAUAUAUUAUAUGUAUACUAUAAACCAAUCUCUUUCUAUGCCAGUCGCUAUUGUUCUCUUUUAACUUUUUCUCGACUCGCCCAUCCUGUUUAUUUACCUGUGUAUGAGAGAGACAAGAUUUAAAAUAAAGACUACUUGUAGAUAGCCACAA